CAGGUUCUGAGACUGAGAUGAGUCGGUGUGUGUGGAUGAGGCGAAUUCAACUCGCCGGCGCCGCCUCUGCGUUCGCCGCAGCCGACGUUUCCGUCUCCAAGGUUUCACGCCUACCUAUAUCCUUCACGUCCCUGAAGCCGCCGCUGCCUCGCUCCCUUUCUUCCCGCCGCUGCCUGGUUACCGCCGCCGUUCGCCCCUCGCCGCCCCUGGACAACACAACCCUUCGUAAUGACAAUUAUGUCCCCGCCGGAGAUACUGACAAGAAGGGAGCGCUUGAGAAUUGCUCAAAAGUGAUUUUGAAAGGAAUGAGGUAUACUGAACUUGAGAAAUGGGUUCAGUCACAUGGUUAUAGGCCUGCUCAGGCUUUGAUGCUAUGGAAGCGCCUUUAUGGAAAUAAUAUCUGGGCACAGUGCAGUGAAGAGCUAGAGGGUCUGAAUAAAGAAUUCAGGAAAAUGCUAAGUGAACAUGCUGAAUUCAAAGCAUUAAACUUGAAAGAUAUCCUGGCAGCAUCUGAUGGAACUAAGAAGAUGUUAUUCACGUUGGAAGAUGGCAUGGUUAUAGAAACCGUUGUUAUACCUUGCGACCGGGGUAGAACUACUGUCUGUAUUUCUAGUCAAGUAGGCUGCGCCAUGAAUUGCCAAUUCUGCUACACUGGCAGAAUGGGUCUAAGGAGACACUUGUCAACUGCAGAGAUAGUUGAGCAGGCAGUUCUUGCACGGCGUUUGCUGUCAAGUGAAGUUGGUCCAAUUACAAACGUUGUAUUCAUGGGGAUGGGGGAACCACUUCACAACACUGAUAAUGUGAUAAGAGCUGCAGACAUAUUGGUUGAUGAACAAGGGCUUCAUUUUAGUCCUCGCAAGGUGACUAUUUCAACCAGCGGUCUUGUACCCCAGCUAAAGCGUUUUCUGCGUGAAUCUAAUUGUGCUUUGGCAGUCAGCCUGAAUGCUACUACGGAUGAGGUUAGAAAUUGGAUCAUGCCAAUCAACCGAAAAUAUAACUUGAACUUGCUUCUUGGGACUCUUAAAGAGGAGCUUCAUACAAAACACAACUACAAAGUUCUAUUUGAAUACGUUAUGCUUGCAGGAGUUAACGACAGUUUUGAGGAUGCAAAGAGGCUAAUUCAUCUCACCCAUGGCAUUCCUUGCAAGAUUAACCUCAUAUCUUUUAACCCUCAUUCUGGAUCUCUAUUUAAACCAACAAAGGAGGAGAAGAUAAUUGAGUUCCGAAAUAUUCUAGCUGAAGCAGGAUGUGUUGUUUUUCUCCGACUAAGUAGAGGUGAUGACCAAAUGGCAGCCUGUGGUCAACUUGGUAAUCCCGGUGACAUACAGGCUCCUUUGCUCCGGGUGCCCUCCCAAUUUCAAGCAGCAUUAGAAGCUUCAGUAUGACCGACAUUCCUUCUCUGACUGUUAUUAUCUCAUAGUUAUAUCCCCCAAUAGAAACAUAUUAUCUAAAGUUAUUCUUCCUGUCACCUGGGGAUAAUUUGACCAAGACACAACUCUCUUGAAUUUAACGUUGGAAUUCAUAUGAAAGCCCUUUCUGUUC